UUGCAGUAGUCGAACCUAUAAAUUUCAACAAACACUGAUUUGUCUGAUCUCAUUUUUCGUUGACAAAACCCUAACCAUAACCAGAUCAGGAACUACAUACAAAAAGAAAAAAAGCAAAAUCAUCACCACUUGAUCUUCGAAUAAAUUGUUGAAAGAUGUCAUGUAUCCUGUUAAUAAUCGCACUCUGUGUCGUCCCCUUGAUCUCCUGCCAUGAAUUUGAGGUAAACGGGAAGGUGUUGGAGCUCGAUGAAUCCAAUUUCGAAGCCGCAAUUUCUUCCUUUGAUUACAUCUUUGUUGAUUUUUAUGCACCCUGGUGUGGCCACUGCAAGCGUCUUUCUCCGGAGUUGGAUAAAGCAGCCCCUAUUCUUUCUGGAUUGAAGACGCCUGUUGUGGUUGCAAAAAUAGAUGCUGACAAGUAUUCCCGCAUUGCAAAAAAAUAUGACCUCGAUGGGUUCCCCACCUUGAAGAUUUUCGUGCAUGGAGUUCCCACCGAUUAUAACGGGCCAAGAAAAUCAGACAAACUAGUUCGGUACCUACGGAAGUUUGUUGCUCCCGAUGUUACCGUUCUCGAAUCCGACUCUGCUAUUACCAAGUUUGUUGAAGCAGCCGGGACGUCCUUUCCUAUAUUCAUAGGCAUUGGAUUGGAUGAGUUAGCAUUAUUAAAUUUGGCGAAAAAAUUAAAGAAAAAUGCAUGGUUUUCCGUGGCAAAAGAUUUCUCAGAAACGACUAUGGCGUUAUAUGGACUCGAUAAGACGCCUGCUUUGGUGGCUCUUCAUCCAAAUUUCGAUGACCAGAGUAUCUUUUAUGGUCCUUUUGAAGAUAAGUCUGUGGAAGAGUUUAUUCGGCAAAAUCUAUUGCCAUUGACCCUACCGAUCACCGGAGAGAGUCUAAAGCUAUUGAAAGACGAUAAAAGGAAAAUUGUGUUGACGAUUGUGGAGGACGAGACACACUAUGAAUCAAAGGAGUUUUUUAAGUUAUUAAGGACUGCUGCAUCUGCGAACCGUGAGUUUGUAUUUGCUUAUGUGGGUGUUAACCAGUGGCAAGAUUUUGCUGAGGCUUUUGAAGUUGGUAGGAAAACUCCGUUGCCAAAGAUGGUUGUUUGGGACGGAGAUGAAGUUUAUUACUCAGUUAACGGGUCAGAGAGCAUUCGCAGCAAAGAUCAAGAAUCCCAAAUCACACUGUUCCUUGAAAGAUUUAGAGAGGGAAAAGUGACGGAAAAGACAGUUGGGCCUUCCUUUUUGGGGUAUCUUAUGUCGCUUCUUGGCAUGAGAAUGGUCUACAUUAUCGUGUUUUUGCUUGCUGUCGUGUUUCUUAUUGUAACCAUGGGAAAAGAAGAACCAUCGGCGGGUGACCCUUUUCAUUAUCCUGCAAGUGGUUCAACUUCUGUUGCAGAAUCGGAUAACCGAACGUCUAAUGACAAGGAAGAUUAGAAAGCAGGUUUUAUAGGAACACACGUCGAUAUGGAUCGUUUCACAAACUGUUUCUCCGUUAUGUUUUUGUUCAUUAUCUUUCCCUAUUUGUUUGUGUAAUCACUUCUAGAUUUUUGUUGCUACAAUCUUUUAAAUUAUGAAAAAUAGAAGCAAUUUUCCAAGUUCA